AUGAAGUCAUCCUUGUCCCUGGUUCUCUGUGUUCUAUUGUUAUCGCUUUUGCUCGUAGCUGAGACUGUGGUGGCACGGUCGUCCGGCGGACGCGGUGGCGGCGGAGGUGGAGGAGGGCGUGGGGGAGGAAGUGGGGGCGGGGGCGGAAGCGGAGGAGGCCGUGGGGGCGCAGGUGGAGGCCGUGGUGGCGGAGGGGGACGAGGGGGCGACGGUGGCAACGACAACGGCGAUGGAAUAGGAACUAGCAGUGGUGCCGGAAGUGGGUCAGGGAGCGGUGGCGGAGGCUCCUUUGGGUCCGGCUUGUUUUCCCUCUCCCGAGUGGGCUUCUUCCUUCCUUUAGCCAUUUUCCAUCUUUUCUUCUGCUGA